CAAUAUUACGUUUUUUUCCCCCCCUUCCUCCUCGCUGACAAAGGCAAAUGAAGCCAUGUUUUUGCUUACAAACAUCUUAACGCGUGGAUGCGGAGCCAUGCGCCGAUGCGCUGCGUAAGGAGAGGCCGCUGCGACCUUCCUCCCGCUCCCCCCCUCUCAUUCCUCGCAUCUUUGGAAACGGGAUAGCUGCUUUUUAAAAAUCUUUACUUGGGAUAUCUUUUAAAGCGAACAACUUGAGCAGCGGCGGAACUCUCAGGGCGCAGCGAGGACCUAAAACCAACACAUCUAAUUGGAUGCAGAUGAGUGUGGAGGGUGACGACAAGCGAACUCGCACUCGGUCAAAGGGAAUCAGAGUUCCCAUUGAGCUCGUAGGACAAGAGCUGAGCUGCCCCACCCCCGGAUGCAAUGGCUCCGGCCAUAUCAGUGGGAGAUACUCACGACACAGAAGCCUUCUGGCUUGCCCCAUCGCCAGGAAGCGCCGUCUGGAGGAAGCUGAGCAGGAGCAGGAACAGGAAGUGGAGAAGCCCGCCUCCAAGAGGAAGUCCCACCCCCUGAAGCUCGCCUUGGAUGAGGGCUUCAGCGCCGAGAGCGACGGCAGCAGCGAGGCAGAGGAGGAGGCCGAGAAGGAUGGAGGGAAGGUGGAAAAGGAGGUCACCGGGUCAGGAGAGGAGGAAGAGAAGGAUGGAGGUGCAGAGGAUGAAGAGUUAGUGACUGAGCCCCUGGAGAAGGAUGUUGAGGGACUGAUGAAGGAAGAGGAAGAGGAGAAGGAGACGCAGCAGCAGGAGGAGGAGAAAACAUCAGCAGGUGAUGAAGAGCAAGAGUGUGUGAUUGUGGAGCCGGAGCACCGAGCCACGUCGCCCAACGCCAAGGUGCGCCAGCCUCCCUCCCAGAGCGCCGAAGAGGUGGCUGACUCCCUGCUCCACCUGGGCCGGGUCUCCAACGGCCACGCUGUUGGCGUAGUUGUGCAGCAGAUUGAAGAUGUCAGAGCGGCAGCUGAACGGGGUGAAGAAGCAAAGCGUCAGCAGGAGGGGGCCACGCACGAGGAGGAGGAGGAGGAGGAGGAGGCACAAAGAUCUCCGGAGGAGUCAUCUGUUCUGCAGAAUGAGGCGAGGAAGGUGGAGGAAGAACAAGGCGAGCGUGUUAACAUGAGCAACCAUGUGAGCCAUGGCAAACAGAUCAAAGGCGAAGAGGAGGAGGAGAUGGUGGUGUCGGUGCAGCAGACGCAAGAGACCCCGACAGAAGACGAGGGGGACGAUGAGAAGGAUGAAGAGGAGCAAAGGAGGCCUUUCCUCUCCGUAUCUGAUGUGCCAACCGCCGUCCGAACUAUCACCAGCACAGCAGCAGCUCAGGGAACUCACAUCAAGACAGAAAACCACAUCCUUCAGGAGGACUACAGCAGCGACAGGUACGACUCGCUUCACAACUUCAAAAGCAGCCCUCCUUUAAGCUUCAGCUCCCACGGGGCCAGCCCGCUCGACGACUACUACUCCAUCCCAAGGUUGGAGAACUACAAACUCCACAAGGCCUCUUCCUCGGCCUCCCCGGAUGUCAUUGAAGUGCGAUCCGACAAGUCGGAGGACAAAGACUUUGAUGACCUCGACGGAGACGAUGAGCGAGAUGAUGAAGACAGUCUGUCUCAGCGUUCCACGGUGACCGAUGAGUCGGAGAUGUUCGACAUGACCAGAGGGAACCUGGGUCUCCUGGAGCAGGCCAUCGCUCUCAAGGCUGAGCAGGUGAAGCCCGCCGGGCCUAGAGAGCUGCUCCGCGCUCCAGACCUCCACCACCAGAGAUAUUUCACCAUUGAGGACAGACCCAAGCACCUAGACAUCAUCCGGAAGACCUACUUCAGCAAAGAGAGGCCGGAGAAGAGAGAGAACAAGUGUCCCACGCCGGGGUGUGACGGGACGGGCCAUGUGACCGGUCUCUACCCCCACCACCGCAGCCUGUCAGGCUGUCCGCACAAGGACAGGAUCCCCCCAGAGAUUCUGGCCAUGCAUGAAAAUGUGCUGAAGUGUCCGACUCCUGGCUGCACUGGUCAGGGCCACGUAAACAGCAACCGCAACACACACCGCAGUCUCUCCGGAUGCCCGAUCGCUGCUGCGGAGAAGCUUUCUAAGACCCACGAUAAGCAACACCUGGCUCAGCCGGGCAGCGAGCUCCUCAAAGGAAGCCCCAACGACAGGGUGCUGAGGCCCAUGUGCUUUGUGAAGCAGUUGGAGGUGCCCCAGUAUGGCAACUACAGGCCCAACAUGGCGCCCUCGACGCCGCGCGCCAACCUGGCCAAGGAGCUGGAGAAGUACUCCAAGGUCUCCUUCGAUUAUGCAAGCUUCGAUGCUCAAGUGUUCGGAAAGCGCACGCUUGCUCCAAAGAUGACCACCAGCGAAACUUCACCCAAAGCCUUCAAAACCAAGCCCUCGUUCCCCAAGUCGUCCUCUCCCACCCUGAGCCUCCACGCUUACGGGAAGAGCGCCACCCUCCCCUACGACUACUCCCACGAUGCCGAAGCUGCUCACAUGGCCGCCACCGCCAUCCUCAACCUGUCCACUCGCUGCUGGGAGAAACCCGAGAACCUCAGCAUCAAACCGCAAACCAAGGAAAUGGACAUUGAGGUGGAUGAGAACGGCACGUUGGACCUGAGCAUGAAGAAGCCUAUAAAACGGGAGGGCAGCGUGUCCGGCACCAGCCCCGGGGUCCGCUCCCCGGAUCCGUCUUCGUCCUCCUCCUCUUCGUUCCAUCACAGCGGAAACAGUGGAAUGACGUCCCCGAACCUUCAUACAUACAAGCAGGAAGACUGGGAGGGACCUCUGGAUUUCACCAAACCCAAUCGCCAGAGGGAGGAGGAAACAGACGAGAUGGAACACACAGGUCAGUCGUACGUCUCAUCUGACCCAGAGGACUGUGACAUGAUGCAGGACUGUCUGGAGGACAGGAAGUAUCCAGGAGAGGUCACGACCCCCAGCUUCAAAGUCAAGUUUCAGCCCAAGGACAGCAAGAAAGAGCUGCUCUCGUGCCCCACACCUGGCUGCGAUGGCAGCGGCCACAUAACAGGGAACUACGCAUCCCACCGCAGUCUGUCUGGGUGUCCUCUCGCUGAUAAGAGCCUUCGGUCCCUCAUGGCGGCCCACACUCCUGAACUCAAAUGCCCCACGCCAGGAUGCGACGGUUCGGGUCACAUCACAGGAAACUAUGCCUCUCACCGAAGUCUCUCUGGGUGCCCGCGUGCCAAGAAAAGUGGAAUUAAAACUCCUACCAAGGACAACCAGGAGGACUCGGAGCUUUUAAACAGAUGCCCCGUGCCGGGCUGCGACAGCCUGGGCCACAUCAGCGGCAAGUACGCCACGCACCGCAGCGCCUACGGCUGCCCGCUGGCCGCCCGCAGGCAGAAGGAGGGCCUCCUGAACGGGAUGCCCUUCAACUGGAAGGCAUUCAAGACAGAGGGUCCCACCUGCCCCACCCCCGGCUGUGACGGCUCCGGACACGCCAACGGCAGCUUCCUCACACAUCGCAGCCUCUCAGGAUGUCCUAGAGCCUUGUUCGCCAAGAAGAAGGCCAAGUUCCCCUCCGAGGAAUACAUGAGCACCAAGUUCAGAGCCACUGACGUUCUGGACAACGAUGAGGAGAUCAAGCAGCUCAACAGAGAGAUAAACGACCUCAACGAGUCCAACAACGAAAUGGAGGCCGACAUGGUCAACCUGCAAACUCAGAUCUCUUCCAUGGAAAAAAACCUAAAGAGCAUUGAGCAUGAGAACAAGAUGAUCGAAGAGCAGAACGAGGCCCUCUUCAUGGAGCUGUCCGGUCUGAGCCGGGCCCUCAUCCGCAGCCUGGCUAACAUCCGCCUGCCGCACAUGCAGGAGCCAAUCACCGAGCAGAACUUUGACAACUACGUCAGCACCCUGACCGACAUGUACACCAACAAGGAGUGCUUCCAGAGCCCGGAAAACAAGGCCUUACUGGAGAGCAUCAACAAGGCUGUGAAGGGCAUCAAAGUGUGAGGCUCGACGCGCGGCACGGGAGGCAAAUCUGAAACGGCUGCUGGAGCUGGAGAGCUGGAUGCAGGGGGAGCGGGAUGGGGAGGGGCAGUUGGAGAGAUGCUGAAAUGCUCAACGAUAUAUUUAAAUACGAUUCAAAAACAAAAAGGGAAUUCAGGUUACAUAAAUAAAUGGCAAAUUUUCAAAUAAAAUCAACCCAGGGAGCACCUCUGUUGAAGAAAAAGCGACCAAAAUCCACAUCWUGCUGCUUCUGAGAUUCAGAGGAGGAAACCUUCAAGUCAGAGUGUUUGGAAAAGCAGGAAUAAUGUUUGUAGGAACUAGAUCGGAGGGGCUUUGACAUGCUGUAUGUUUACCUGCUGAGUUUGCUUCCAACGGGGCCGGAACGCCGGAACGAGGAGGCGGGAUCUGCUUCCGGACGACAGGACUUUCGCCGCUGUCCUGUAGCGUUGGCUGGGAAGGGGCGCUCACCAGCUGUGUGAUCCACAUCCACUCACACACACACUUCUCACACACAUAUCCCAGCGAAAUGAGACGCACGCUCUCCUGAAUGUGUGUGUCUGCAGCGGUGAGGCAGAUCUCAGAACAGCCGGGAUACUCAGCAGACCAAACCCUCUUUGUUUGUUUUUUUUUACUGGAAUGAUGAUAGGAGUAGUGUGCACACAUCUCAGCUUCGGUUAGUCAUAUCAAUAGUAUUUAUCAACAUAGGAAUUGCACUUCAUUUCAAUGAAUAGUUUUGUGGUACGAUAAUUAUUGUUAUAUAUGAAUUAUUUAAACUUGUGAACUUUUAAAUUAUAACUUAUUGCCCUUUAUGUUAUUGAGGUUUAUUUAUUUAAAGCAAUCUAUUUAUUAAUAACUUUGUUUUGUAAAACAAACAAACAAAAAAAAUGCAACUUUACCGAUAACCAAUCUGCAGAUGUCUUAAGAAUCGAUAACGACAGAUGAGGCAUUUUUGUUUUGUUUUUUUUUAACUUUUUACGUGCAGAUGUUUUAUAAGGAAUCAAAAUUCUUUUGAUAAUUUUACAAAAAAAUUAUCGUUUUGUUUUGGUUUUUUUCUUGUUUUCCUCUGUUUUGUUUGUGCUUUUUUUCC